AUGGCUUCGGGACCUCUCACUUAUGUGACCAUGGUGGGAGUCCAUCCUGUGAUUCUAUACAAAGCGUGGCAUGGCAGGGCAUGGCUACUUCGGUCGCUGGUUGGUUGUGGAGAAAUGAUCAUCCUCAUCCCCGGACAUACAUGCCCGGAAAAGUGUGAGAGAUGGCUGUGUGCCCGUGCAGGAUAUUGGGGACUUUGCAUUAGGAUCUUUGCGGACGCUAAGGAACUGAUUGUGAUCGGCCCAACCCCUCGUGUUGUGCGAGAAGGCAUCCUUACGGUCUUCUCGCCCGAGAAAUUCCAGGGGAACCCGCUCGCCUUGGUUUCCGUGCACGGCAACGUCCUCUCGCAGAGGCGCAAGGCCCAGCUGGCGCGAGAGUUCAAGUACUCCGAGACGGUAUUCCUGCACGACGCGCCGGGGCCGGGCCAGCCGCGAUUGCUCGAGAUCUUCACCGAGACGGGGGAGGAGCUGCCCUUUGCGGGACACCCGAUCAUUGGCACGGCACAUUACAUCUUCACCUAUCUCGAGAAGAUAAACUACGACGUGGCGACGCGCGACACCCAGAAACAGACCACCACGUUGCUCACAAAGGCAGGGCGCAUCCCCAUCUUCUUCAAUCCGUACCGCCAGGUCGCUGCGUGCGUGGUGCCCACCAGUUUUCAUGUCCACGCGAAGAGGGUGGACAUUGAGAAGAUCAUCAGCACGCAGCCGCACGUUCAGAUUGUGCCGACCAUCGACAAGGAACGAGGCCGUACUUUCCCGCUGGUCAGCAUCGUCAAGGGCAUGACCUUUGUGCUGGUCGACUUGACGGACAACCCGGAGAUUUUCGGUGCACUGCAAGCCGGGAAAUCACCGGAAGCGGAACUGGACGCCGACUGGGCCCCGAGUUUCGUCGGAUGCAUGUAUUACCGAGUGCUUGCGAAGAGUGAAGUGCCUGGGGAGCCUGCGAUCCAUAAUGUUCAAGCGAGGAUGAUCAGUCAUGGGAUCGAGGAUCCGGGGACGGGCAGUGCGUGUUCCGCAUUGAGUUGCUACCUGGCCUUGCAGAGCCAGGGUCAGGAGGCUGCGUCGGAGCAAAAAGCAAAUCCUGCUGAGGGCUCGACCGAGCCAGCUGCAGCGUCUGAGGAAGGGAAGCCUCCUGCUGCUAAUGCAGACCUGGUCAAGAAGACGGAAGACCUCAAAGUAGGAGACGCAAAGAUCGAGAGGAAAGUAUUUGGUAUUCAGCAAGGCGCCGAGAUGGGCAGACUUUGCACCAUUGCUGUCGAGGUCGACGUCAAGACCGAUGCGGACGGGGAGAAGAGCAUUGCAAAUGUCAUCUUGUCGGGCAGAGCGAAUAUGAUGCUCAAAGGAGAGGUCUUGGGGUUCUGA